AUGGCCCACGGGUAUGCAUUCCCGCCGGUGCACGGGUUUGCGCCGUUCUAUACGCUGCAGCCGAAUCCAAAGACGGCAGUCGUGCAGAUAGAGAUGUGGGCGCAGAUAGUGCUGGGUUAUUGCGAGGCGAACCAGCGGUAUACAUUGCACGCGACGGGCAGCUGGGAGCUGCAAAGUCCGCUCUUUUGCAAUCGCGUACUGGACCGUGCGGUAAGCCCGGCGAUGAUGCGCAUCAUCUUUGCGUACCUAGUUGAUCAUGCGCAGGCGCUGUAUGAGCCUGCGGCGCCGAAACAUGCCAAGCCGCCGCGUGUAGGCACGGUAGAAGCGGAUCGGUUCACGCAUGCAGAGAGUGCGACGGCUGCGCGGUCGGGGCCAAGCGAUGCACCGUUCAGUAGCAUUCUUGUGCUGUGGAAGAGCCCUGAAGCGUGGGGCGACGGGAUGUAUGCAUGGAUUUGCAAUACGGGCCAGAACGGCAGUGUUUUGACAAUGACGGAGCUCGUGCAUGGCGAGUAUGUGCACGCAUCGCACAUGCCGCUUUCGCUAUGCAGGCUUGCUUUGCAAACGCAGGUACGCAAAGGACGUGCGCAGGUGUUUGGGGCACAGACUGCACGGAUCGCAGCGUACGCUGGAAAUGACCUGCUCGCGAAUGCGGGCGAGGAGGCGUUGUGGGACUUGGGUGUCAAGUUCGUCUAG